UUGAAUUGAAAACAUCGACUGAAAAACAUCGAUGUUCGGACAUGAUGAAUCGAAGUUUUCGAUUAAUCGGCAAACAUCGCUCAUCACUAACGUGAAGGUUGAAGAGUUUUUUAGGUUUGAAGCAGCAGAACAGUCAAACAAAUCGAAAAUUGAGUUUUUUUUGGUUCGAGGGCUUGAGUUUAUUUUGAAAUGGCUGAUGAGGGAGAACAGGUACCGGCGAUCAACGUGAAGGAACCACUGGAUCUCAUCAGGUUGAGCCUGGAUGAGAGGAUUUACGUGAAGAUGAGGAAUGAGAGGGAACUUCGUGGACGUUUACAUGCUUACGAUCAGCACCUUAAUAUGGUCCUGGGAGAGGCUGAGGAGACAGUAACAACAGUGGAAAUCGACGAAGAGACAUACGAAGAAGUCUAUCGCACCACGAAACGAAGUAUUCCAAUGCUCUUCGUCAGGGGGGAUGGAGUCAUCCUGGUGUCGCCCCCCAGCAUGAGGGCACAGAUAUAAUCCCCCUCAAACCCCCUAGAUAUAACAUUCUAAGUUGAAGUAAAAAUUCCAAACAAAAGUCCAACGAAAUAAAUUCAUUUUUUACUAAUUA